UGUCACCCCGUCGAUGCUAACCGCUCUUCUAGCGCUUAUUGUUUUGCUAAGGGUUGGAUGUUUCCCGGGCAUCUCCAAACAUUUCCUGAAACACAGCUGUCAAGUCUGCUCUGUCCCAAAGCUUAAUGGAAACACAGUUUUAACUGCGUUUGAAUGGAAAAUGGUCCGUGUGUUUGUGUUCUCUACGCGGCGAGGCCGGUAAUGACCUAAUCUCAGUCUCGUGAUACCUGCGCAGGUGAACUGACCUCUGACCUGUGCUGACCCUCACACCUGUCCGUCAAGAUCGUCAAAUCUGCUCUUAAAGUCAUGGACAACUCAAACGACUGCAAGAAGGCGGAGCCCAGAGUCAAUGAGAAUAAAUGCUCGUGGGCGUCAUACAUGACAAACUCCCCUACUGUCAUCGUAUUGAUCGGCCUUCCCGCCAGAGGAAAGACAUACAUAUCUAAGAAGCUGACGCGAUACCUCAACUGGAUCGGGGUUCCCACGAAACUUUUUAAUCUGGGCGUUUAUAGACGUGAGGCGGUACAGUCAUACAAGUCUUACGACUUCUUCCGUCACGACAAUAAACAGGCCAUGAAAAUCAGGAAACAAUGCGCCAUCGUGGCUCUACAGGAUGUGAAAUCUUAUCUGAAUGAGGAGGGAGGGCAGAUCGCUGUUUUUGAUGCGACGAACACAACCAGAGAGAGAAGGAGCCUCAUCCUGAGUUUUGCGAAGGAAAAUGCAUACAAGGUGUUUUUUGUCGAAUCAUUUUGUGACGACCCAGAAGUCAUUGCUGCCAACAUACUGGAUGUGAAGGUUUGCAGCCCUGAUUAUCCUGAGAGAGACCGAGAGAGCGUGAUGGAGGACUUCCUGAAGAGAAUCGAGUGUUAUAAAGUCACAUAUCAGCCGUUAGACCCUGAUGACCAUGACAAGGACCUGUCCUUCAUCCAGGUGAUCAACGUGGGCCAGCGCUUCCUGGUGAACCGCGUUCAGGAUUACAUCCAGAGCAAGAUCGUCUACUACCUCAUGAAUAUUCACGUUCAGAAGCACUCCAUCUACGUGUGCCGCCACGGCGAGAGCCAACACAACGUCCAGGGCAGCAUCGGAGGAGACUCGGAGCUCUCCAGCAGAGGAAAACAGUUUUCUAAAGCCCUGCGUGGGUUCCUGGAAAACCAGAAGAUCCCAGACCUGAAGGUGUGGAGCAGUCAGCUCAGACGCACCAUCCAGACGGCCGAGGAGCUGGACGUCCCGUACGAGCAGUGGAAAAUACUCAACGAGAUCGACGCCGGCAUCUGUGAGGAAAUGACAUAUGAAAAGAUAAAAGAAAGAUAUCCAGAUGAAUAUUCUCUCAGAGACAAGGACAAAUACCACUACAGAUACCCAGGAGGAGAGUCCUAUCAGGAUCUGGUGCAGCGUCUAGAGCCAGUAAUCAUGGAGCUGGAGAGACAAGGCAACGUGCUGGUCAUCUGCCACCAGGCCGUCAUGCGCUGUCUCCUCGCUUACUUUCUGGACAAGAGCGCUGCUGAUUUGCCGUAUCUGAAGUGCCCCCUGCAUGCGGUGCUGAAACUAACCCCAGUGGCUUAUGGCUGUAAAGUCGACAUAUUUAACCUGAAAGUCGAAGCUGUGAACACGCACCGGGACAGACCACUCGGAAGCUCCAGACAGGAAGUGUCGCCCACUUUACUGAGGAGGAACAGCUUUACGCCACUGUCUAGUCAGGAUCAAGUCAAGCGUCCCCGCCUCUUCAGCGUCGGUAACCCGCCCCGCUUGGCAAACGUUCCUGUCUUAUCAACCUCGUGAUUCCCAGAGGCACAGGAGAACGAGGAGCUGAGGGAGAGCCCGGAAACACUGAACUGCUUUGCCCCUUCAGACUCGAAAGACGCCAUCCAAGAGUGACGACACAAAAAAAGCUGUGUAACGCCCGUUUUCUCCAGACAUGAUUCAGCUGUUGACGCUGUUCACAUGUUCUGCCCAAAAUCAGCACAUGUGAACAGUGCUUUAUGUAACAUUAACAGCGCUGGCAACGCCUCUGUCCGCUCUUCUCAACCCUCAUCCGUCUACAAGCGCUUGGAAGUACGGUAAAAUCACAACACGCAACAAUUAAUGCAGGGAAGAUUCACUCGCACUGUUUGACUGCAGAUUGACAGCUCGUGGGACCAAUUAGAGCGCAGAUUGACUGAUGGAAGGGGCGUGGCUUUUGCUAGUUAAGCUGAUUAGAAUAUUUAAAGACACAGCACAC